CCCAUGGGAUCGGAGCGGAUGGAGAUGCGCAAACGGCAGAUGUCUACGACCCAGGAGACCCCAGGUGCUGCACAGGCUCCGCUCAGCGCAGGAAAUCGAGGGUCCAAUGCCUGCUGCUUUUGUUGGUGCUGCUGCUGCAGCUGCUCAUGUCUUACUGUUAGAAAUCAAGAUGAAGAGAGAGCAAGGAGAACAUCUCAUGAACUACAAGCAGAGGGCAUUCCAAACUGUGAGGAAAGCCCUGCUCCUACUCUUGAAGAAGUAAAUGCCUGGGCUCAAUCAUUUGACAAGUUGAUGCUUACUCCAGCUGGCAGAAAUGCUUUUCGUGAAUUUCUACGAACAGAAUUCAGCGAGGAGAACAUGCUUUUCUGGAUGGCCUGUGAGGAACUGAAACAAGAAUCCAACAAAAGUGUCAUUGAAGAAAAAGCAAGAUUAAUUUAUGAAGAUUAUAUUUCUAUCCUUUCUCCAAAAGAGGUCAGCCUGGACUCCAGAGUAAGAGAAGUUAUUAAUCGAAAUAUGCUGGAACCCUCACAACAUACCUUUGAUGACGCACAGCUUCAAAUUUAUACCUUAAUGCACAGAGACUCCUACCCACGGUUUAUGAACUCUGCUAUUUAUAAGGACUUGCUUCAGUCCUUAUCUGAAAAAUCCAUUGAAGCAUAGAAUUUUUUCUUAAAUGUAUUUAUUUUAAAACAAACAGAACUCUGGGCUACAUCAAUCCACAGGGAAUUUAGAAUUAAUCAGAUAUUUACCUGAAAAUAACUCAGGCAAGUUUCACUACGGACUGAAUGAUUUAAACUCGCACAAGGCUCUGACACAAUCAGCUAACUACAGUUUCUGAUCAAAUUCAGUGUGUCUUUGCAGAAGAGAAUGAAGAGAACAAUAAGAAAAUGUUGUUCAAAAAAUGCAGUAUUUCUGUUUCUUCAAACACAGCAUGCAAUUCAGAUGCAAAACUGUUAGCAGCGUAUGUGUGAGGCACAAAUACCAACUGAGCACGAAGACUACAUUUUAUUUGUAAGUGGAUUGUUAGAAUUUUCUGGAAAACCAAACCAGUUGCCCCAUCCACACUGUGACCAAAGUGAAAACAGUACUGUCAAUAUCUGGGUUACAUGAGACAAAGUUUCGCACAUACCUGGCUUAGGUACAAUCCACUUGUCUUGGUAUAUUUAAUGCAUAUAUGGUGCACUAAUGGAAAAUGGUAUGGCAAUCUCAAGUUUAUGGAAGCUAAUGGCUGAAAUAAUGCUGCCUAUAAAAAUCUUUUGCUGAAGAAUUGUUACUUUACUACUAGAGUCUGCUGAAUGCAUUUUUAAGUUCAUACUGUUGAUGUUUAUAAUGUUAAAUUAUUUACUUAAAACGAAGAAGAGUCUGGGCAUUUAAAUUCCAAAAUAAAGCACAAGAAUUGUCA